ACGAGGCGAAACGUAGACGAGCCUAAGGCUCCUUUAGCCUUAGGCUAUCGGUGUCGCGUUGCUGUUGUGAUCGGUCAUCCGUUAGACGUAUAUCGGGCUUUGCUCUUUUCUCUCUCUCUCUCUCUCUUUCUUUCUCUUUUUUUUUUAUAACAGUAACAGAAAACAGAGUCGCUGAAUGCACGUACGUGGAAAAAGCGUAAAAGAAUUUCACUAUUUUCCGAGUGGCCUUUCAAGACGGACGACAUACUUGUCCCGCUUCACUCUCACGAUCGUCCACUGUAUUCUCUUAUAAGCGAAGUAAAAUUUCGCUCUUACUAGGAGAUCGUAGAUAGGGGCGUGAUCGACGUAGCCGAUCCGUCUUGCACGUGAUUCACGACUUUCUUCGACAAACCAGUGUCUCGUUUAAAACGGCUUCGUUUUUAAUUCUUUGUUUUACUACGUUAGGGAGAUCUCGAGGAGAUGAAGGUAAAUGAAAAUGGUUUAGGUGUUAAAUGAAACGGUCGCUUUUUUUUAAAGUAGUGAAUUCAUGAGUGGACGUGGGAGUUUCGAAAAGAUCAGCUCGACGAGAGAUGCGUGGUUGUAUCGAUCGAGUUCUCUAACGAAGGCGUGGUCGGUACCUUCCGGUAAUGAUUCCCCCGUUAAAAAGAGAAAGAACAAGGGAAAGAGAAAGAGAAAGACGCACUCGCAGGUGAAAGUAAAGCAGACCGACACUUUGAAAGCCGAUCUCUGCGAGGAGGGAACUGGAAAGGCUUGUCCGAGAGAGGCCUCUCGAAGGACAAUCCACUUCCUCGAUUUGCGAUUUCUUUUCGAUUAUUCUUCUUUCGAACGAUCGCCUUCUUCUUAAGCAUUAUUUUUCGUAGGAUGUUUUAUGGCGGAGGUCAUCUGUCUUUGAAUAAGUUAACGUCGCGUGCCAGAAUACGAAAUGGCCAUACUCUCUUCUAUUCUUUUCUUUCGUAAAUGUUACCAGUUAGUAAUUAUGAGUUUUUAGUCGAGUCUCAGGAAGAAGUCGUGUCUUCCGUAAAAGAAAGCUUUCACGUACUCUUCUUUUCUCUCUCCCUCUCCCCCCCCCCUCUCUCUCUCUGUCACGUUUCCUCUCGAUUCGUUGAGCCGGAUCGACGAGCUCAAACAAGUACACGUGACUCGGGACAACGAUUUGUCUGUCCCCUUUGGGCGACGACUACGACUUGCUCGAAGCUUGAUUCUCCUCCUCCUCUUCCUUUUCCUCCUCCUCCUCCUCCUCUUUAUCCUCUUUCUCCUCCUCCUCCUCCUCCUCCUCCUCCUCUUCCUCUUUCUCUUCUUCUUACAGCAGCUACGCUUAUCGAGAAGGCAUCCGAUAUAUUUUCACUCUACCCGGGAAUGGGGCGUAUGCGUUGCUACGUAUACGUAUCACAUAUAAGACCAGAGAAAAGUUAAACUAGUUUUCGGGAUUUUUCAAGCGGACGGGUAUAAAGGAGAAAUUCAAUGUCUAUCGAUCCGUCAUUAGUCUUCGAACUCUCGUGGUGAUCUCAUUCCUAUAAUAUUGAUAGGUGUUGGAAAAACAGGGGUCGGUUAAUAGACCGUAAGAUCGUAGCGAGAUCUUCGAUCGUGAAUCGAUAAGAUCGAUCGAUCGAACAUCAAGGUGUUCUCGUGUUAAUCGACAGAUUAAUUUACUGUGGCACGUUACGACCAUGGGAUUAUUGAUUCUCGUAUUGUUAUGUCCGAUCGUUUUCGGGCAAACUCAUCAAAAGAACAACGAUCCGAACGACGAGCCCUUCUUGCCAAUAUUUCCAAUAUACCCUUACAACCCAAAGUUAAUAAAAAGAGGAAUUGACAAAGAAACGGAAACACAAUUGACAGCUGAAUUAUACGCUCCGAAAGUAGAUGCAAAAGAUUCUUACACACCCAAUUAUAGUACUAAUUAUCAAAAGGAUCCCUAUUAUCCUAAUUACGAUCCUUAUCCGAAAACCUUCUCGUCGUCUUCGACGUCUUAUUCUCCUUAUUACAGUAAUAAUCCUCAGGCAACAACUCCUUCGUAUUCGACUUUACCUUACAACAUUUACAAUACUUAUACAAAUCCCUACGUUUCUACUACGUCGCACUCUUCAAUCCCAUCAACGGCUUAUUCUACUUCGUCUUAUUCCACUACUGCUUAUCCUUCUCCUUAUCCUUCUAACUCAUAUACUGGAGCAUCUUACCAACUUCCGCCGUACAUUCCUGUUUCAAAUUACUAUUACCAACAGCCUUAUUAUUAUCCCUCUUAUUACGCUCCAGCUGUUUUCCCACCCCCACCACCACCUCCACUAUAUCCACAUCCCGACUAUUCUAAAGAUUCAAAUUCGGAUAGCAAGGAAAAUUACGAGAAGGAUUCAAGGAAAAGUCAAAAGCCCAAAAAGGAUGAUAAAAAUCAGGACACUUCCGAUCAAUACACGAACGAUGGAAACUAUAUUUCCUCGAAUUCGAACGAUCUCGACAGUCAAUCGAGUAGUUACAAAGUGGCCAAUUCGUACAAUCAAUUGGAACAAACGAACGAACCUCGUGAAAAGCCAUCCGGAUCUGGGACAUAUAAAGUCAUUAAUAUUAGGACACAACCGAGCGACACCGAAUAUUCGAUAGCAGCGACUUACGCGAAAACUCAACAAUUGGAACAGCUGAUGAGACAAACUUUAGCGAAGUUGUUGGCCGAAAACGCAGCUCGGCAGGUUAUUCGAUAUCCCACGUACGAUAAUAAACAAGAUCAUUUGAUCAAGGCCAAUGAGGUGUCUUAUGGGAAUUUAAACAAUUACGAUAACAAUAAUGCACAGAAUUUUGUUUCUGGCACUAAUACGAUCGCGAAGACUGGCUUGAAUUACGUCAUUAAUCCAAAUACUUUUGGAAACUUUAAUUCGGGAUCAAUCGUCCCUCGUCAAGUCCUUGAUACGUCAACUACUUUAACUAGAAGUGCUAAAUAUCCAGACGAUCAAUAUCUUCGUAAACCAAUAACGUUAGUGUCUUUACAACAAUCCCAAGGAACGUAUAUACCACCAAACAAAUCUAUUAAAUCAUCAACUCAAUCGUCUAAUUACGAUAAUUACGAGAACGAGGAUAUUCGAACUAAUCAAAAUUACGAUAGUUCUUUGGACGAUACCGAAGGAAAGCAGGAAGAAGGAUAUAGUCAAGGUCAAACAGCAUCAGCUUACAAAACUCAAAAUUUCGUUACCGUACAAACGCCACAAGCUUACAGUUAUCAGUAUGCGAGUUAUCAUCCUCAACAAACUACUAAUCAACAGGGAACUCAGGUAUACGACGAUAACACCAGCGACGUAGAAUUUGGAGCGAAGCAAAGUAAUAAAGGAUAAAUAUUGUUUAUCUAGAAUUUAAUGAGGAUAUUAGAUCGGAGCUUUUAGAUAUAUAAGAUAGUUGACAAGGGAGUACAAAGAAAAAUGGUGCUAUUAUUUAUUUCGACAUAUUGAAUGGAACUUGUUUAAUUUGGACUAGGGUUAGAACGAAAAAAACUCUUAUCGGAAAGGAUUUUGCAAUUGAGUAAAAACAAAGUAAUUCCGAGUGCUUAUACGAUAUCAUACGAUAUCUAACUUUCUCUGUUGAUUAUUUAUCGAAUAUAAUUAUUCUAAUUAAAUCGAAUGCACAUGACGAACAGAGGUAAACGCGUUUAAGAGGUAAAUAUAUAAAUCAUUUGCUAAAAUAUUAUUAUCGAUAGAUUUAUUUACGCGAUGAUGUUCUUAUGAGAGAACAAGUUUUUUGUGUCUAAUUAAAAGAAAGGAGGCUCGUCAUUCGCGUUGCACUCGCGUUGCAUUCGCGUUGCAUUCGCAUCGUUAUUUCCUCUCAACGAAAUAAAAGAAUUUACCGAACGUUUUAUUAACGUAGAAAAAAAUAUCGGUUUUCACAAAAAUAACGAGCCUGUAUGGUUUCUUCCCCCCACUUAUUUUCGACUUUUAAUUUUAGAUACACGUAUUCACGUUGACCUAUGACCUACUAUUAUCCCUAUUUAUAUGCCUUUGGCGCUCGAUGUAUAUUUAAGAGUAUUUUGUUUUUCUUUCAUAGUCAUUAGCAAUAAAUCAUUUGUUACCGUUCUUCUCGAUGCUUUCUUCGUAACUUCCUU